AUGCUUGUGAGUGGAGGCUCCGGCCAACAUGAGCCUCCCGAGCCCAGAGCGCGUCCACAGCAUCAGCCCAAACCCGCGUGCACCCUCCUCCCUUUCUCUCUCCCUCCCUCACUCCCUCCCUUCGUCCACGAGCCUCAGCCGCACCGCCUCUCCCGCGCCAGCCAGGGGGACAGCUCCUGCAGUUCCCACGGUGACGGUUGCCGAGCACCGGCCUGCCCCAUGGAGGAAGCCCAAGGCAACACGCUGGUCGUCCGCAUCGGCAUCCCCGACCUGCAGCAGACGAAAUGCAUGAAGUUUAAUGUGGAAUCACCUAUCUGGCUGUCUAAACAGCGCAUCCUUUGCGCCUUGAACCAGAGCCUAAAAGAUGUUCUGAACUAUGGCCUGUUUCAACCUGCACACAAUGGAAAAGCGGGCAAGUUUCUGGACGAACAGCGGACUCUGAAGGAGUACCCACUUCCCUCUGUCACUCCCAUACCAUACCUAGAGUUUCGCUAUAAGAGGCGUGUGUACACACAGACCCACCUGGACGACAAGCAGCUGGCUAAACUGCAUACUAAGGCUAACUUGAAGAAGUUUAUGGAGAAUGUUCAGCAGAGGAAUACCGAGAAGGUUUCAAAGUUUCUGGAGAAAGGCCUCGACCCAAAUUUCCAUGACCCGGAGAGUGGGGAGUGUCCAUUAACGAUGGCAGCUCAGUUGGAAGGCUGUGCAGAGCUCAUUAAGGUUUUGAAGGGUGGAGGAGCUCACCUGGACUUUAGAACCAGAGAUGGCAUCACCGCUCUCCACAAAGCUGUGCGCACAAAAAACCAUACAGCUCUAAUAACGCUGCUGGACCUGGGUGCGAGCCCGGACUAUAAAGACAGUCGGGGUUUGACUCCCUUGUACCACAGCUCCAUGGUGGGAGGUGACCCCUACUGCUGUGAACUGCUCCUGCAUGACCACGCUCAGGUGGGCUGUGUGGAUGAAAACGGCUGGCAGGAAAUCCACCAGGCCUGUCGUCAUGGCCACGUGCAACAUCUGGAGCAUCUUCUUUUCUAUGGAGCCGACAUGAGUGCGCAGAAUGCUUCUGGAAACACUGCCCUACACAUCUGUGCCCUCUAUAACCAGGAUAGCUGUGCACGUGUUUUGCUGUUCAGAGGAGCGAAUAAAGAGAUAAAGAACUACAACAGCCAAACUGCCUUCCAGGUGGCGAUUAUAGCUGGGAAUUUUGACCUGGCGGAAAUAAUAAAAGUUCACAAAGCAUCAGAUGUUGUGCCUUUCAGGGAAACGCCUUCCUACACAAACCGCCGGCGCGUGACAGUAGGAGGUGGAACUCUGACCUCAUCACGCUCCCUACUUCGUUUCGCCUCCGAGAACAACCUGAACGGGGCCGAGACAGGUACUGCCCACUCUCCCGUGCCCUCUCUGCGCAGUCUGCCCCCUUUGGCACCCCCUGGAGGGGAGGCUGCGGCUGACGGUAGCCUCCAGAGCACCGGCAGCUCCCGUUCCUCUCAUUCGCGCUCGCCUUCUCUGCACCGUGUCAGCGAGGAACCCGACCCAAACGUCCUGCGCAGACAUCCCACAUACACACACGGGCGCGGCCGCCUCAGCCCUGGGACGGUGCAGCGGGACGUCAGCCCUCCGCCCGCCGGGCCCUCGCACACGCUCGCCGGCGCCCGCGGGCCCAAGCGGAAACUCUACAGCGCCGUGCCCGGGCGCACCUUCAUCGUAGUGAAGCCCUACACACCCCAGGGAGAAGGAGAGAUCCAGCUGAACCGUGGAGAAAGGGUCAAAGUGCUCAGUAUAGGAGAAGGGGGUUUUUGGGAGGGCACGGUCAAGGGGAGGACUGGAUGGUUUCCUGCAGAGUGUGUGGAGGAAGUACAGAUGAGACAGUAUGACCCUCGACUAGAAACAAGAGAGGAUCGUACGAAGAGGCUGUUCAGACAUUACACUGUGGGCUCCUACGACAAUUUCACCUCCUACAGUGAUUACAUCAUUGAGGAGAAAGAUGCCAUGCUGCAGAAGAAAGAGAAUGAAGGCUUUGGAUUUGUCCUGCGGGGAGCGAAAGCGGAGACACCCAUUGAAGAAUUUACCCCCACGCCUGCCUUCCCUGCACUGCAAUAUCUGGAGUCGGUUGACGUGGAGGGUGUGGCCUGGAGGGCGGGGCUAAGGACAGGUGACUUCCUCAUCGAGGUGAACGGAGUGAACGUAGUGAAGGUGGGCCAUAAGCAGGUGGUUUCCCUUAUCCGGCAAGGUGGAAGUAAUCUGCUGAUGAAAGUGGUCUCGGUGACACGCAAACCAGAAACAGAGGACGUGGUCAGGAAAAAAGCACCACCACCACCCAAGAGAGCACCCAGUACCACGCUCACGCCAAGGUCCAAGAGCAUGACUGCUGAGCUUGAGGAGCUGGCAUCUGCAAGGAGAAGGCGAGGAGAAAGACUAGAUGAAAUCUUGGCCUCACAGGAGUCAGCAAUGAGGCCACAAGUGGAGGCAGACUACAGAGCAGCCACGGUGAAGCAACGACCAACCAGCCGCCGAAUUACACCAGCAGAAAUCAGUUCUCUUUUCGAGCGGCAAGGUCUUGCUCUUCGUGGUCCCAUUCACCCAGCCCUGGAAAAAGCCCAUAUUCAGCUGCCCAAAGGCAUGUCCAGAACCAAGUCCUUCGGAGCUACUGAGGAGGACCGUCUGUCUGCCCUGGCGGCGGAGCACAGGUUUCCAAGGAGCUCCUCGAUGACAGACACCCUGAGAGACAGUCACAGCAUCCCUCCUCCACCUCAGACGGCACCACCUCCUCCACCCUCACUCUACUACCUGGACAUGGGUCCACCUCCACCUUUCUGCCCACCCCCUCCUCCGAGCCGUGUUCAUGACCCCAGUCGCUCCAGCUUUAAGCCAGGUUCAGAGCCCCGACUGCAUGGCUUACCACAGACAAUGUCCGCUGAGCUGUAUGAACCCCCACGCCACAGUGCCCAUAUAGAGCGACAGAAGAAGGCCCAUUCCAUGAUUCUCCUACAAGACUCGUCCCACCAUCCUGUAGAGCCCACAGACAUCCCACGACCUGGCCAAGCAUCCACCCCACCAGAGAGAAUCAAGCGCAAAGGACGUGUUAUUGACAACCCUUACGCUAAUGUGGGCCAGUUCAGCAUGGGCCUGUACACUCCACCACCCAGCAAGCCACAGCGCAGAAAGAGCCCACUAGUAAAGCAACUGCAGGUGGAGGAUGCCCAAGAGCGAGCAUCGCUGGCACUAGCUUCAGUCCACUCCAGGGAGCAUUCACCCACAGGCAGACUGGCAGCUCAUCAUACUAGCAGAGCAGAGUACUACCAGCAGCAGCUACUACAGGAGCGCAGUCGAGCGCAAGCUGAGGGUAUACUGCAUGGCAAAGGGCAUUUUGCUUCUGCAGUUGCUGGUGCUGCCAAGGAUAGGGAGCAGCGUCUUGAGGAGCGAAGAAAAUCCACAGUCUUCCUGUCUGUGGGCACCAUGGAAGGCAGCUCAGCCCCACCGCUGGAAUCCCCCUUACUCACACAGUCUCAUUCUGUUGAUGAACGGCUGCUCACCAGUGAACUAGGUCAGCUGCCUCCCCCGGCUGUGGCCCUGCGCCCCUCUCCAAGCGGCACAACUUUCAUCCACCCACUGACAGGGAAGCCCCUUGACCCCAACUCCCCUUUGGCACUUGCGCUGGCCGCAAGGGAACGGGCUUUAACUUCCCAGAGCCAAUCCCCUGCUAGCAGCCCUGAGCCUAGGACUAAGCAUGAGGCUGCUGGUGGGGUGCUGUUCAUGGACACCCAGACCAAAGAGGCUGAGGGUGAGAGGGAUCUACCAUCACUCUCUUUUUCCCCUGGAGAAAAAAGGAGCUACACGUCCACCCCUGGUAGCAAGAUCUCAUGGGGGACACCAAUAACAACAAGAAAAGAAACAGAAAUGGGAACAGAAAAAAAAGAGGAAAGGAAAGUAGAAGACAAGAAAAGCAUGAUCAUCAGUAUCAUGGACACAUCACAGCAUAAGACUGCUGGGCUUAUUAUGGUUCAUGCAACCAGUAAUGGACAGGCAGUUGGACUGGGCAGAGAACAUGAUUCACCUCCUUCCAAAGGCAUAAUUUCAGAGAGCCCAAAGCCCACAUUAGCUGAACUCAAGCGGACCAAGUCUCCCAGCCCCGAAGCACCCUCCACACCAACUACAACCCCUGCCACACCAUCAACCCCCCAAGCACCCAUUAGUCCAUCCUCAGAUAAAACACCCCAGGCCUCCUCUAGCCCAUCUUCAGAUAAAACCCUGGCUCAAGGAAGCUCAGAAGAAGAUGUGGAGUCCUUUUCUGUUAACUUACCACCUGCCAUGCUGUCCUCUAGUGAUGAGGAGACACGGGAGGAGCUUCGCAAAAUUGGUGUGGUUCCUCCACCAGAUGAAUUUGCAAAUGGUCUCCAAGUGAAGGCACCUGCAGCUUCUGCUACACCUGCAACAGACAAGCUAAUGACACCCUCAGAACCAUCCUCAGUCCCAGGUCCAACCCCUCCAACUGCAGCUGCUACAGCAGCACAGGCCCCUGCCACCAGCGGCCCACCAGCAGCCUCAGGGAAGCCAUCUGAGCCCCACCUGGGCCCAGAGUCUGCUGCUGACUCUGGAGUAGAGGAGGUGGACACUCGCAGCUCCAGCGAUCACCACCUGGAGACCACGAGUACCAUCUCCACUGUCUCCAGUAUGUCCACCCUAUCCUCAGAGAGUGGUGAGCCCACUGACACCUACACGUCCCAUGCCGACGGCCAGACCUUCAUCCUUGAUAAGCCGCCAGUGCCUCCAAAGCCAAAGCUCAAGUCUCAGCUCAGCAAGGGCCCAGUAACUUUCAGGGACCCCUUGCUCAAACAGUCCUCGGAUAGUGAGCUACUCUCACAGCAGCAUGCAGCAGCACUGGCUGCUGCCACGGGGACCUCGGGCCCAACAAGACCCCGCUACCUCUUCCACAGACGCUCCAAGCUAUGGGGGGACCCCAUAGAACCCCGUCCGCUUGCAGGCUCAGAGGAAGGCAAACCCACUGUGAUAAGUGAGCUCAGCUCCAGACUGCAGCAGCUCAACAAGGAUACAUGCUCACUCGGUGAAGAGCCCCUUAUAGGCUCACUUGACCCUGGACGCAAGUCACCUGUGGCUGGUGCCAGACUCUUCAGCAGUCUAGGAGAGCUCCACACCAUCUCUCAACGAAGUUAUGGCACCACGUACACCAUCCGACCAGGCAGCCGUUACCCAAUGACCCGUCGGACACCCAGCCCCGGCUCUGCUUCCCCAGAUCGUUCAGAUCCACUCGGACCCAUCCGAGGCUUCGGCCUGGCUACCUCGCCCACAGCGGCCCCCACCAUCUUGAAAUCCUCCAGCCUCAGUCUACCCCAUGAGCCAAAGGAGGUACGCUUUGUCAUGAGGAGCUCCAGUGCCAGGAGCCGCUCUCCGUCACCCGGACAUUCCCCCGGCGUGCCCUCGCCACUUCUUACGCUGCGCCCCUUCCACCAGAAACCCCUGCACCUGUGGAACAAGUAUGAUGUGGGUGACUGGCUUUCCAGCAUUAAUCUAGCUGAGCACCGUGAGCGCUUCCAGGAGCACGAGAUCGAGGGAUCCCAUCUCCCUGCCCUCACAAAAGAAGACUUUGCCGAGCUGGGCGUGACACGCGUAGGCCAUCGUAUGAACAUUGAGCGUGCCCUAAAACAGCUGAUGGAAAGGUGACCCCCUCCCCCCACUCUGUCUGUAGCUAGUCUUAUUAAUAAAGUUCUUUAUUUUCUUUUCUUUUAUUUAUUUAUUUCCUUUUUUUUUUACCCAGUUUUCAUUUUGGGGAUUUAAUUCAUUACUAUCCUCAUUGGGUCCAUGAAAGCAAGCCCAUCUUAUUUAGUAGCAAAUUUCUCCAAAUUCCUUCCUGUCUCACCAUCAGCAGGAAAUUAGCCAGGUUGUAAUGGAGCUGUGAAAAGCCUGAACAUAUUUAGGCUUGCAUCAUUUGGUUUUCUCUUCUCUCCAACCACUUUCCAUCUAUUCCUGUACACUUGCCCUCCCAGGGGAGGAAAAAAAAAACCCAGCUACCCUAUUUCUUACAAAAGAAAGGAGGGACGUUGUUGGAUGAGGGUUGAAGUUGAGUUGCCUUUCUGAAUAUUUUGUAGUGAAUGAGCAGAGUGGGCGUGGCCGGGUCGUCCCUACCUUCCGCCUGCCCUCUUCUGGCUGAGGGACAUAUUACACCUGGAGAAUGUUAAACCAACACUAGUGGCUUUUUUCAUAAUCAGACUUUUCCUUUGGGGGACCAAAGGGAAUGAGACAUUAAAUAGGAUAUCUCAAUGUAUUAACAUAGCUUUGAAAAAGGUGAGAGAAAGAGAAAUAGAGAGAGAGAGACAGAAAACAGACAAGAUGAACUGUGCUUAACUGCACUAGUCUCUCCCCCUUAGAUGAUGUGAAUUCCAUCAAUAAUUUAUUCAUUUUUACCAAUUAUAUACAUAUAUAUAUUUGAAAAGUAUAUAGAUAUAUGAAUAUAACAUUUUGUCAUAAAUAUAAAACUUAUAUAUGGUAUUCUAUUUAAGGACACUGUCGAUUUUUUUUUUCCCUAAUGUUCAUCCUUUUAUGGACUGUAGCAUGAAAGUCACAUGAUGCCGUGUGACAGCUAUCAGAUUUGUUAACAGUGAAUUGUACCAUGCCCUAUUUCUGUUUUCUUACUUUAUGGGUUUUAUUGCGGUUUAACAACAAUCGGUCUUCCGUCUACUUUUAGGGCAGCCCACAGGGGACAGUGUGUUUGACUGACUGAUCCCACACACACCCCCACCCCACCCCUGCAUCUCACACACAAAUACACACUGCAACGUACUUGACAUCUGUGUCAUGGUGUUAACAGCUCUUCAUGCACUUACACACAUCCAUAUCAAAUUUUAAAUUUCAUCCUAACCAUAUUUUAAUUUGGUGAAUUAGAAAUGAGCUGUGCAAUAAAAGUGUGUGUGUUGGGGAGGGGGAUGCGGGGGGUGUGCCUGUGUGUAUUCGUGUGUCUUAUGAUGGGGCCACUGUGGGAAAAGAUAAGUUUCCCAUACAUGGUAGCUAUUCAGCUGCAUGCUACUGGGAAAUGUUCGACAACUUUAAAAAAAAAAUAAUAAAAAAAUAAAGAAGACAGACUUUACAAACGUAAGAGAUUUUCUGUGCCACUACACAGGGGCUUGUGUGGCUCAGGGGCUCUUCAACUUUAAGCACUGAAGCAUUUCGGCAGUUCAUUUGGGUUGCUUAUUUUUACUGAUUUCUUUUUAUCGGUUUUCUGUUAAGCCCCGUAGUACGUGGAUUUUGUAGCUUGUGAAAUAUAAUGCUUAGGAUAAUUUUUAUCAAUUACCUUAGAAUGAAUUUUAGAAUGUCUGAAAAAAAGAAAAUAAUAAUACAUGUCCUUUCCAAACUUAUAACUGUAUAUAUGGGCAAAUUAUGAAUUUUUUUUAUAUCGAUCACAAGCAAUGUACAUAUGAUAGUUUUCAUAUAAAUUUUUAAAAAAUCAAAAAAUAUAUAGAUCUAUAUAUGAAUGUUUGGCAUAUAUGCAUAGUUAACCACCUGUGGAAAAAGGUGAAAAGAUUUUAUUCUUUGUAUGGACUGAGUUUGGGGAUGAUUUGCACAAAACAAGGUGCUAGCAUUCAAGCCAUCCAUUCUUACGUCUCUGUGUCCGCACUUUCCUCCAUCCCUCCGCGAAGAAAACACCUCGUAUCUGUUUAACACAAACUAUAAGCAAGAAGAGAUAUAUGAAUAUGAAGAAAUGUGCAUACAAUGGACAGCUGUCUGUGUGUGCACGCACCCAAACCACAUUAACUUUAACCCACACAGAAGCAGUGAAUACGCCUGUACUCACUUAUCUACAUGCAGCCAAGGAGAACUGUUCUUCUGCCUCUCUUUGAUGAAGCUUUUUGGAGCCAUGCCCCUUGCACCAAGAAAGAACACUGUGUCGUAAGACCUCUUUUCGGGCGGCUGCAUCAUUUCCGAAUCACCACUCUUCAUCGCGUUGGCUGAGUCCGGAUCUAAAACUCGGUUUCCUCCGCUGUGCCCUUCUAGCAGACAGGCCUAGCAGAGUGGCGACUGGCUUUGUGGCGGUCAUUAAAAUCCAGCCUCGCUUCUGGAAGGUGCUCGUCGUUGCAGGAUGUGGAAAGAGGGAUUUCUGACCAUAAUAAGGCUUAAAAAGGGAAAGGAACGAGCCGGUUUCAACCUCAGGUGCUUCAUUCAUGGGCUACAAAAGUUCAAAAUUUUAAGGGUUGAUUGUUCAGUGCACUUUGGUUUAUACGCAUUUUGGCGUGCAAGUCUUCAACAGGAACAGGAAUCAUGUAGUUUUUUUUUCUUUUGCGCUAGCAUCAAGAAAAUCAAGAUUCUCUGAUUGACUACAAGGACAACUACGGUCUGUAGUUGGUUGCAAUGUCAGUCAUGUUUCCUGUUUCUUUUGAAGGAGGCGAUUCUCGUACACGAUUGUUUGUGAAGAAAAAAAGUACCAGACUCUCUAGUGUACUAGAAGGAUGGCUUGUGACACUAGAAACACCAAACCUCAUAGUUUUAAAACAAUAAGAAACUGUCAGAGAAGUUUAUUUUUAAAAAGGAAUCCAGGAAAUUUAAACUCUUUGUCUUAAUCGUCCCACUAAAUUAACUCAUUAACAUAAAAUGGUUUAAAAAAAAAUAAAAUAACUACAGACAUUAAGUUCAUGCGAUGCCACCGUUUUGCAUAAAACCAAUUUGAAGCUGGAAUGGCACCGAGUAAAACUGGGUUUAGAAUCAGGACCCUGAUAAAACUGUGACUUACACUCAUAUUUGACACUGCAGACCAUCUAAGAGACUUGAAAAUAUGCAUUAAACAUUGAAUCUUUUGAUUGAAUCCUAGCAUUUUUUUAAAUCAGUAAUUUCAAUCCAGACAUGCAAUUUGAAAGCAAGAUGUACAAGGUUUGCCAUAAGAUUGUCUCAUACAGGGCUCUUUCUCAGAAGCCAGAGAUGAUUAGUUCUGUAGUCGAUGUAGAUCAGCUCAUCUCUGAUGCUCUGAGCCUUCGUGCCACGGUCAUCCGUGAUCCCUUUUGUUUUUACCGGUCUGCCAUAUCCACCUCCCAUGACUUUCUCUUCUCAUCCCCGUUACCAAUUCUGAAAUAUUUACUUUUGUGUUUGUGUCUAUAUGGAGUGCUUAGUAAUAAUAAAAAAAGGUGAAAGGUUUAAAGAAAAAAAAUAAAACUAUGUGCCAAAAAGUGAUUAGUUUAUAGCUAUUCAUUGACACUAGUUCUGUUGAGAUUUAAAAACUGUUAGACUCAGCACUAUAGUGCCACCUCCUGGAAAUCUUGAGAACUCCAGACAUCAUGCUUUAAAGCACUUUUUCUUUUUUUUUCUUACUCUAUUAGACAUUUUUAUGUUUUGUAGAGUGUUACUCUAACUUGUAAUCGGUCUAGUUCGUGAGGUUUUCAUGUGGUUUGAAUAUCAGUUUUGUUCUUUGGGCUGAACUCCAGUAAGCCUUUGAGUGGGUGACUGCAUUAGAUAGCUACCUUUAAAAAGCCUUCUCUCUUCCUCUUCAGCCUCAGAUACACGACAAAUUUGAUCCUCUAAAAAAUGUUUUAAUUAAACAGAAAAAACAACAACAAGAGAAUGGAAAUGAUUUCUUUGUAACUUCAACUAUAUUUAACAAGCAAGUUGGGGAAAAUGUUAAAUAAACCAACAUCAUUAACAUUACCAUGCUCUGUAGAGUUGUCACUCGUUUCCUGACCAACAAAAGCACAAUAAAAAUGGCAAGAAAUGCA